AUGGUCGCUCUCACCGCCGACUCGCUCUGCUCCACUUCCGCCUGCCUCUCCUCGGCGAGCGGCAGCGUUACCAUCGGCGACGCACGAGGGUGGAACGACGCGUUCGGCGUCGGCCUAACGGCUGCCUACGGCAUAAACAAGCUGCUCCACGUUCCGCUCAACACUUCAAUCAUCUUCAAGUACGGCGGAACGCAUACGGACGCCUUCGGCGACUGCACUCUGAGCGGCACGCGAGUCGCGAGCUUCGAUCACGGCGGAGGAUCAACGGGCGGCGACUUUCCAAACCAGUACUCGGCCGUCGUCACGGCUCCCGGCGUGCUCCACUUCCUCUGCGAGCCACACUGCUUAUCGGGCCAGAGGAUGCGGGUCGCCGUCGGCAUGGAGUCGGUGCCGGGCGAGCUGCAGCUACUGUGGGGCACCUCCUCCGCCACGGGGGUCAAGACGCUGCACGGCCGCUCGUUCGACGGCAAGGACUGGGACGCGGCCAAGCUGAUCGCGCCCCUGCUCUGGUCCUGCGACGCGGACGCGUGCGAGGCCGAGCUGCCUACCUCCUCCGCCUCCGCGGGGAUGGGGAUGGGGAUGGAAGACGAGUACGACCAGCUCACCUACUCCAUCGAGGUGAUCACCGCGGGCCCUGCCGCGAACGAGACGCUCGCCGCGCGCUUCCUCCAGCAGGCCACGUUCGGCUCGACGCGCGCGGACAUUGCGCAUGCCCUCAAGCUGCCCGCCGCGGACCUCUCGCUCCGCCUCGAAGGUCGGUCCGGCGACGGCUACGCCGACGGCAUCCUGACGGAGGUGAUCAACGGCACCGCCGCCCACGCCGGCUGGGCAGCCCUCGACGACUCUGUGCCGUACUUCGUCUGCACCGUGACAGUCACGUGGUGGCAGGCGCCAUCGCCUCGGCCGCGGGUCGGCAGCCGCGUCGUCCUCGGCGAGGCGGCCUGCCCGCAAGGGCCGUGCAACAACAAUUGCCCGCGCUUCACCGUGACCAACCCGCCCGUCGCCUUUGUCCACUUCCCACCCGCCGGCGCAGUCGUGGCGAACCUCACCUCGCUCGCGCCAAACUACGACCUGAGCGGCCUCGUCGAGCUGUCCGGCGGCAACGACGGCAGCGCCACCGACCUCGCGGCGUGCACCGGCGAGUGCGACUCCGACGCCCAGUGCGCCGCCGGGCUGAGGUGCUUCCAGCGCUCGAAUGGCGAGACGAUUCCCGGCUGCUUCGGCCCCGGAGGGGGCAGGAACUGGGACUACUGCUACGACCCGUGCAUCCCCCAAGAGCACGCCUCGUCGGUGCUGACCGCGAUCAACAGCAGCGACGGCGCGGCGAGCUCGAGCAUCCGAGACAUCAGCAUCACAGGCCCGUGCGGCGGCGCCUUGCGCGGCGCCUCGAUCUCCGACAAGGAGCGGGGCGGCUGCUGGCGGCACGUCCACCCGGAGACAGGAAACGUCUACGACUUUUCGUAUUGGGUCUCCGCCCACGAGGGCAUCGCGCGAGCGGAGCAGCGCUACAACCCGGUCGCCGCGCCGGCGCGCGAGGGCAAAGCCUACAUGACCUUUCCCGACAACAUCUGCACCUACUCCCGCACCGACAUGCGCUGCUGGAGCGACUACAAGCGCUACUUUCAGUUCGUCGGCCUGCUCGACGAGACGCUCGCCUUUAGCGCGUUGCCUCUGCCUCUGCAGACGGCAGGAGUGGCACCUGCGGGCGCGGUCGGCACGCGGCGCGCCGAAGGCUUCGAGGCGUGCGGCUCCCCGGGUGAGACGGCCAACGACCCGCGCCUGCCGAACAGUUUCGGCGGGGACCGGGAGAACUCGCGCGCGAUGGGGCCCAACAAUGUCGCCGUGUACGCGCACGACCAGUUCCGGCAGCGCGCCGCCUGGGCGCUUUCCCAGGUCCUCGUGGUCGGCGCGGACAAUGACGAUGACCCGGAGCGCUGGCUGGCCUACUACGACAUUUUCGUGCGGCACCCCUUUGGCAGCUUCCGCGACGUGCUCCGGGAGGUUUCCUACUCCCCAAUCAUGGGGGACUGGCUCCCCUACGAGGGGGUGCGCUCGCGCGCGCUCUCGGGCAAGUUCCCCGAGG